AUGCCUGCGUACAACACGAGAAAAGUAUCGUUGAGCUUACCUAGCCUGGGAAUCGCUUUACCUGGCAGUGGCGGCAACCAUGGACAGCGCCGCACGACUCCGUCCUCCGCGACUGCGUCGCCAACGAGCCGCCCAACGCCAUCGUCCGCACCUGCAUCGGCGACGUUAGACCAAAGCAGCCAGGCACGCUCGCAAAUACCUAGCAGCAAGAAGCGCAAGGCUUCAAACGAUAGCGAGUCAAGUCCGCGCCCAAGCUCGAUAGCAAAGAAACAGCACUCGCAGCCCUCACUUACACCUGCUACCUCCCGCGAUCCUUCCGAGCCCACUCCGCCGCCAUCUCCUACACGAUCUGUUGAGAUGGCGGAUGCCGAGCCCGUUGUUGUACCCAAGCCUUUUGAUCUGGAUACCGUCAAUGAUGAGAUCGUCGAGGCCGUCAUUAGAGUGCUUAUUAGCCAAGGGAACCGACCGCACCUUGUCAAGGAGCUUGCGACUAUCCUGAUGUUGCAACUCAGGAUAGUUCAACAGUCUGCGAAUCCAUGCGCCAUUAUUUCCUCAAGGCUGUCAAGCUUCCUAAAACGCCCCUGUUGGAGCGCUUCGACGCCAUGCCCUUUGGCCAAGGAGCUGGAGACUGUUCACCCAAGGAGAACAUACUUCUAUCUUACCACAUGCCCGCACCCGCCAUUCGCUGAGUCUCCGGUUUCCAUGGCUACUCCACCAAUAGUCAAGCCUCCUCGCGCAAUAAUCACACCGUCGUUAUCAAGUGGCACGUCAGCUUCGGAAGAUGCUGAAGAUAACAUGCGUCGUAGGCAGUUGAGCCCAUCGCCCGAGAUCGACCUGUCCUCGCCAGAGUUUGACGACUUUGAUGACGAGCUGCCAUCGACACCUCUGGGUUCAUUGUCGUCGCGCAUGCCGCCAAGACUGCACCAUCACAGCUCGAGGCACCAUCGCGGCGCAUCUCCGCCCCUCGAGAAAGACGAGAAGGAGUUCACGCAGACGGCCAACGUACUGCAGCAAAGGAAGAAGGCCAGUGGUCACCUAUUGGCAACCAAACCGGUUGACGCAGUUGUGGAGACUCCCUAUAACAACCACGCACGAGACGAAAACUUGUUUGGAGGCUACAACUCUCACCACCACAGGACGCUUUCACCAGUCGCACCGUUGCCACUGAUGACAUUUUCUGUCACAAGCCCUGCCAUACGACCUUCGUUUGGGCUGAACCUUAAACGGGAUGCUGAGGCCGAAAGCUGGGCCCGACUUGACAGCAUGCUCGAGUGGGACCGUAGUCCCGAGAACAUUGAGCUCGAAGAGCUCGAUGGACUUCUUGAUUUCUAA